AUGUUGAUUCCCAAGGACGACAGAAAGAAGAUCCACCAAUACUUGUUCCAAGAAGGUGUCGUUGUUGCCAAGAAGGACUUCAACCAACCCAAGCACGACGAAAUUGACACCCGCAACUUGUAUGUCAUCAAGGCCUUGCAAUCGUUGACCUCGAAGGGCUACGUCAAGACCCAGUUCUCGUGGCAAUACUACUACUACACCUUGACCGACGAAGGUGUCGACUUCUUGAGACAAGAGCUCAACAUCCCCGAAGGCAUCUUGCCCUUGACCAGAUUGAAGACCGCCCCCGCCGAAAGACCCCGCAUGCAAAGAGGUGGCCCCAGAAGAGGUGGUGACCAAUACCGGAGAAGAGCCAGAGACUAG